AUGACCACGGAGAAGGCAGAUGACUACCCACGAGGGGAUGUUGCUAUGAGUGGCCAGGAAGUUAUGCUUGAUGAUUAUGACUGUCUGCCUUAUAUCCACGUGCUCUACUCUGCCCUUUUCUACCUGCAUCCUUUUGGUACAUUUUGGAUUUGGGAAGGACUUCAGCAACCAUCUAGUUCUUUUCUGGACUGGAUUUUCUGCCAGUUUUCUUGGCCUCUGGGGAUUGACGGGCCCUGUCCCGUCGAGCACCUCCUCUUGGUGCGGCGCUCCUCCUCUCAGCCAAUGAGCGCCCGCCCCGAGCAGCGAGAGCGCGCGCGCGCGGUCCCACGCCGCGGCCGAGCCCGCCCGUCAAGCUGCACACGCUCGCAGUGGGUGGGCCAGCUGGGAGGCUGCGGAGGUCACCGCGGGGAGGCGGGGCGGGGGCAGCAUGGCAGCCUCCUUACGGCUCCGAGGAGCCGCCUCCGGCCUCUGGUACUGGAGCCGCCGGCUGCGGCCGGCAGCCGCCAGCUUUGCAGUGGGUCAGUGGCUUCUAAGACUCCAGUUGGAUUCAUUGGACUGGGCAACAUGGGGAAUCCAAUGGCAAAAAAUCUCAUGAAACAUGGCUAUCCGCUUAUUAUUUAUGAUGUUUUCCCUGAUGCUUGUAAAGAAUUUCAGGAUGCAGGUGAACAGGUAGUAUCUUCCCCAGCAGAUGUAGCUGAAAAAGCUGACAGAAUUAUAACAAUGCUACCUACCAGUAUGAAUGCAAUAGAAGCUUAUUCUGGAGCAAAUGGAAUUCUAAAAAAAGUGAAGAAAGGCUCAUUAUUAAUAGAUUCCAGUACUAUUGAUCCUGCAGUUUCAAAAGAAUUGGCCAAAGAAGUUGAGAAAAUGGGAGCAGUUUUCAUGGAUGCCCCUGUUUCUGGUG